AUAAUAUGGAAUUUGAACACAAAAGGUUUUUUUUUUAUUUUUUCAAUGAAUUUGGACAAUUUUCAUGCAUUUUGUUAUUAUUGUAAACAUGCCAAAAUUAGAACAUCGCAGAUGAAAAAGAGAAAGGAAUAAAGGGAAGGAAAACCCUAUCUAGUCAGUACUAGUAGUAAGUAUAGUAACCUACAAAAAUUGGGUAAGGGUUGUCUCGCUUUAUCUGCGUCUCUCCCACGAAUACGCACACGCUUCCUGCUUACCAAUACCAAUACAAUACACACUAUUUAGUAGUUAUAACUAGUUACUGUUCUUUCGAUUUUCUCUACAUGUCCACUGUUUUCCUUAAUGUCUUUCUGCCUCCUUAAUCCACUAGUUGGAACAGACAAGAAUGGAUAUAGUUGAAUCCAUAUUUGAUAUUCCGGUGCAAAAUCCUCCAGAUGAGGAAUUCUCUUCUGCAGAUUUGACUUGGACCAAGUUUGGCACGGCUGAUCGCCAUGACGAUGUAGCACUCAUUCCCUAUGACAGAGUUGAUACUUUUAUAAUUGGAGAAUGCUCUAAUGUAGAAUGCCCAACACGUUUCCAUAUUGAAAGGCAAAGAAAACGAUCAAGAGGAAGCUUGAAGGAGUACAAAAAUGAUGAAUAUUUGGAAUAUAAGCUGUAUUGGUGUUCAUUUGGUCCUGAAAAUUAUGGGGAAGGUGGAGACACAUUACCUAGUCGAAGAUAUCGACUUAACACUCGAAAUCGUGCUCCUAGACCUCAGUCCAUGCGUGGAUGUACAUGCCAUUUUGUGGUGAAACGCCUAUAUACUCGUCCUUCCCUGGCACUUAUCAUAUACAAUGACAGGCGUCACGUAAACAAAUCUGGUUUUGUUUGUCAUGGUCCACUUGACAGAGAUGCCAUUGGGCCUGGAGCUAAGAAGAUUCCAUAUAUUUGUAAUGAAAUUCAGCAGCAAACUAUGUCUAUGAUCUAUCUUGGAAUCCCUGAGGAGAAUGUGCUGGAGAAACACAUUGAGGGGAUUCAACGAUAUUGCGGUUCAAAUGCAAAGGUCAACAGCCUUGCUUCGCAAUAUGUUCAAAAACUUGGAAUGAUUAUCAAGCGAUCAACCCAUGAGCUGGAUCUAGAUGAUCAAGCCAGCAUCAGGAUGUGGGUUGAGCGCAAUAAGAAAUCUAUUUUCUUUUAUCAGGAUACCUCAGAAGCUGAUUCCUUUAUUUUGGGGAUUCAAACAGAAUGGCAGUUGCAACAAAUGAUCCGCUUUGGCCAUCGCAGUCUUGUUGCAGCUGAUUCUACAUUUGGUAUUAAGAGACUCAAGUAUCCAUUAUGUACACUUCUUGUGUUUGAUUCAAGACAACAUGCGCUUCCUAUUGCAUGGGUCAUUACACGUAGCUUUGCAAAGCCAGAUGUUGCUAAGUGGAUGAAGGCGCUACUUGAUCGAGCUUCGAGUGUAGAGCCUGGAUGGAAGAUCAGUGGAUUUUUAAUUGAUGAUGCUGCAGCAGAGAUUGAUCCCAUAAGGGAUAUAUAUGGUUGCCCUGUAUUAUUCUCUCUCUGGCGCAUUCGUAGAUCAUGGCUGAGGAAUAUUGUUAAAAAAUGUAAUAACAUUGAAGUUCAGCGUGAGAUUUUCAAACGCUUAGGUAAGAUAGUAUAUGGCAUCUGGAAUGGAGGUGAUACUUUGGCUGCUUUGGAAGAAUUAACUACUGAUUUUGUUGAUCAAACUACAUUCAUACAAUAUUUCAAUGCCUCUUGGGUGCCUAAGAUUGAUAUGUGGCUUUCUGCAAUGAGAACUCUUCCUCUUGCCAGCCAAGAGGCAUCCGGGGCAAUUGAAGCCUAUCAUGUAAAGCUGAAAGCUAAAUUGUUUGAUGAUUCUCAUCUUGGUGCUCUCCAGAGAGUUGAUUGGUUAGUGCAUAAGCUAACCACUGAGUUGCAUUCGAGCUACUGGUUAGAUCGCUAUGCAGAUGAAAGUGAUUCAUUUCAAAAUGUCAAGGAAGAAUAUGUUGCUUCUACAUCAUGGCACAGGGCCCUGCAGAUUCCUAAUUCUGCUGUUACUCUGGAUGAUAAGGACAAGCUCUUUGCUAAGGUCUCCAGUCAAAAAGACAGCAAUCUGACACAUAUAGUGUGGAAUCCUGGAUCAGAAUUUGCCUUCUGUGAUUGUGCAUGGUCAUUGCAAGGGAACCUUUGCAAGCAUGUCAUCAAGGUCAAUAUGUUAUGCAAAAAUAGUGAAGGUCAGUCUUCUAUGUCUUUCCAGUCCCUAAAGGAGAUUUUGACAGGUCUCUGGAGAAAACCUAUGGAUGAUUCAGUUGCUCUAGAUUUGUCAAUGGCCUGGACGCACCAGAUGCUUGGCCAAAUUAAACAACUUGUUGAACUGAAUAACUCAAACAGUAUCAGCACCGUGGUGAAAAACAUGCCAUUGAAAUGGGUUUCUAGAAAAGCUAGAACAUCGGUUGGCAUACCAUCAUCAAUUCCGUUUCUUCCAUCUAGUACCAAGAGUAACGCAAAGAAUGUUGUUGCGCGUCAAAAAAACAGGAAACGGAAGAGGUUGUCGAGAUUGAGAUGAUAGCAUGUGCUGGUAGGUAGGAUUUCUUCAUGGAUAAUUUUGUUGGCGCUAACCAAUUCUAUGCUCAUUAAUAUCUGUGGCUUCCAACAUAUGAAUUACUGAUCAUCCAAGCUCCACUUUAGACACCUGAGGAUUAGCAUACUACUUAAAACUUAGUUUCACUUGUGAUGAUUGGGCAUGCAAGUUGGCAUCUCAAAGAAGGUAGCUAGCAUCAUAGCUUCAAACUUCAGAAGGCAUUCUUGAGAAUAUUGGCAUUUAUUUAUUUAUAUAAUGUCACAUUUCUUGUGCAAUGUAUAUAUUCCUUUUGUAGGUGAGGAAGAUGGGAGGGUUAUAGAGCAAUUUUUUGUUCAUAGAGAAUAUAUGGUGGAAAUUGUCCAUGAUUUUUAUGUUUAUCAAGUUUUAUGGAUUUAUACUGCAGGACAUCUGCGUGCGCGCA